AAAUUCAUGGCGCGUCAUAUAAAAAUUGGUUUCCAUGGUCCCGAUACUGUUUGUUAAACUAUUUCAAAUAGCUAGAUAUUUGGAUAAACUUUUCAAAUCUUCAUGUCAGACUUAUCGAAAUAUGAGAAAGUUGGGAAUAUAGGGGAGGGGGCGUUCGGAAAAGCAAUACUUGUUUUGUCGAAAUCAGAAAACAUUCAUAGAGUGAUGAAAGAAAUCAAUAUUCGCAAGAUGACACUCAAGGAGCGAGAAGAAGCUCGGAAGGAGGUUUCUGUCUUGUCGAAAAUGAAUCAUCCAAAUAUAGUUCAGUAUUGUGAUUCAUUUGAAGAAUCUGGUUGGUUAUAUAUUAUAAUGGAAUAUUGUGAUCAAGGAGAUUUAUAUACUAAAAUCAAUAAACAAAAUGGUGUUCUAAUGCCAGAAUCAUUGAUUUUAGAUUACUUUGUACAAAUUUGUUUAGCAUUAAAACAUAUACAUGAUAGAAUGAUUUUACAUAGAGAUAUUAAAACACAAAAUGUAUUUCUUACUUCAAAAGGUCGUUUAAAAUUAGGUGAUUUUGGAAUAGCGAAAGUAUUAAAUCAUACAUUGGAUUUAGCGCGUACAUGUAUUGGUACACCAUAUUAUUUAUCACCAGAAAUUUGUGAAAAUAAACCAUAUGAUCAUAAAAGUGAUAUAUGGGCAUUAGGUUGUGUUCUAUAUGAAAUGACAACAUUAAAACAUGCUUUUGAAGCCGGUAAUAUGAAAAAUUUAGUAUUGAAAAUUAUUCGUGGAACCUAUCCACCGGUUUCAUCAAAAUAUAGUUAUGAAAUAAGAAGUUUAAUUUCUCAACUAUUUCGUCGAAAUCCAAGAGAUAGACCAAGUAUUAAUGCAAUCUUAAGGAAACCAUUUUUAUCAAAACGUAUCUAUCGUUACUUAACAGAAACAGAAAUGGCAGAAGAAUUUAGUCAUACAGUUCUUCAUCAACAUUCUAAACGUAAAAAUGAUAAUCUAUCUAACAAUCUAAAUUUGAUAAAUAAACACUUCAAACAAUCACAACGUCACCACCACCAACAACAUCAAUUUUCAGUGAUUAAAAAAUCCAAGUUAAGUGAUGCGAUAAAUAAAAAAUUAAAUAAGAAAACGGAAAAUAGCAAUAAUAGUAACAAUAGUAAUUCACAUGGAACAGUUUCUGAAUGCGAAUCCAAACGUCGGGAAUCAGUGAUCGAUGUGAAUCGUAGAAAACAAAGAGAAUUGAUUGAAAAACAGCGAUUGGAAGCUAGAAAUAAAAUAAAAGAACAAGGUUGGAAACACUUAUUAGAUAAUUCACCUGUAUGCAUUACACCUGCCGUUAAUGAGAAAAAUAUGGUGAAUGUGAUCAAUGAAAAUCCCAAACUAAAAGAUGUAUAUUACAAACCAAUAAUCAGUUCGACUAAUCAAUCUUAUGAUUGUAAUCCUUCUUCAUCACCAAGUGUAAUUGUAGCUGAUGCAUUUAUAAAAUACAAACAAGAAAGAGAUCGUAUACAACAAAUAAACUGUAAAGAUUAUGAUAAUUAUAUUUGUGUUAAACAUUCAGAAGCUAUAACCCCCAAGCCAAUCGAUACGAUUUCGGUAUCGAUUCCUUCACAAUCUCUUGCAAUCGAAGGAGUAUCAAUAACGCCACAAACACCAUCAACACCCCAAAUCAACAUAAAACCAUCUUAUCUACAACCAUGUCAAGCUGUUCUACCGAUGAGACCGAAUGAUAUGUGUCCUUUACUCUAUCCAUAUAACAAGGAAAAUAAUAUUACUACUACUGAUAACAGUAACACUCAUGAUAAAAUCAAUAUUAUAAACAAUGGUAAAAGUGAAAGUAAUAAUACUAGUACUGAUGAUAUUAUAAGUGAUCAAUGUCUCAGUGAGAAUGGCAAGUACGAAGACAAUAAAUAUCAACCAAUCUAUUCAAAGCCAUACGAAUCAAAUUUACGUAGAAAUGAACAAAUUCAAUCAGCAAUUAAGCAAACCAAAUUAGUCGAAGAUUUUAUCGCUGUUAGACAACAAGCCGCAAUGAACCGUGCACGUGGUGCUGGUCAUAUUAUGGGUGUAGCUGAUAUAUUAGGCGGCUCGCCAUUUGUAAAUCUCAACGAAAGAGGACGCAUACUUGAACAUCAAAGAGAGUUAAAAGCUUUGGAAGAGAAACGACAAAAGUUCGAAGCAUUAAAAAAACAGGCAGAAGAACGUGCUCAACUAUUAAGAGAACAUUUAGAACGGCGUAAGAAGCAAGAGAAAGUCUUUGAACUAGAAAGGAAACACCAACUUUUCAAGCUUGAACAGUUCGAAAGAUUGUGUACACCACAAUCUAAAUUGGUUCAGAAAUCGGUAGAACAUAAAUAUGUCGAUUCAAGUGAUAUCAAACCAUCUGAUAUUACUGUCAAAGGAUCACAACCUUUAGAAGCGCCUAGUUUAAGUAUGGUAUUAGCUAAAUUAAAUGAAAUGCCUACUUUAACAAAAAUUGAUAGUUAUAAUGAUAAUUCAUUGGAAUUAAAUCAAAAUAUGGAUGAUGGAGAUGGUGAGGAAGAAGAAAGUUCAGCAAUUACAGAAGAUGAUCCAAAUUCAAAUUCUAGUUCUGUUCAUUCUUCAAAUGUAUAUCAUAAAUGUACUGCAAUACGUAAAAGAAAAGAUAAUAUUCUACGUCGAUUAAAUGCGAAAUCAACGGAUUCCCGUAGUAAAUGGAUUAAAUUCUCAUCUAAUUAUAAAUAUGAUAUAAAUUUUAAAAAUUAUCUUUUCUAUCAAAAUCAUAUAGAUCAAUUGAAACAUUCAAUAACAAAAUAUCCAUUCAUAGAUCAUACAAUUUUAAAUAAAUUAGCUCAACGUACAUUAGAAACGAAUAAUAAUUCAUCAAUGGAAUUAACUCAUUUACCAGAUCAUCAUAAUAAUAAUAAUAAUGAAGAGAAUAAUCAAUUAAAGUCUAUUCAUGAUUCCUUUACUUAUGAUUGGUCAAAUUCAAAUCAUACACUUGUACGUAGAUUAAAUGAAGCGCCAAUUGUAACAGGUCCUUCUGAUUGUCAAACAAUGAAUAAUAAUUCACAAUUGAAAACAUCAAUCACAACACAAUCUGAUUUUCAAAACCGUCUCAAUGGUUUAGGAAGUCCUAUAAAAAAUGCUUGGCAAUUCGAUCUACAAGGAAAAGAAACUAACGUAACAGAAAUAUCAGUAUCACCGCCAACAACAAAUAUUGCUUCUAUAGCUACGACUACAAAUACUCCAUCUUCACAAUCAUCAUCGUUGUUGUCAAAUGUUCAUAAACCUUCUCUACCUGGUCCAAGUGGACCAGGUGGACCAAAUGUCAAUUUAACAGCUGACUGUUUACAUCCAAUCAAUCAAUAUAAUAAUGAUCACAAUCAUGAAGGAAAAACAAGCAAAUUAUCAAAUGAUUUAAACAUUUCAGAUCAAUCGAAACUGUCAUUUAAUAAUCGCAUGGCAACUUAUCGACUAAAACAUCCUCGAAUAAUUAAUAAACCUGAUGAAAAAUUAUUUGAAAAAGUGGAUUUUGUAGAUGAUCCAAUUUCAGAUCAAAGUAUAACAGACAAUAAAUUAAAUCAAUCAUGUGAAUUGGAAGAUUUAGAGAAUGGUCAACUUUUUGUACAAAAUUCUUAUCCUAUGAAAACAUUUAGAGAAAUGAAUAGAUCUGGUUCAUUACCAAAUAUCAGUAAUUUUAGUCCAACUUCAUCAUCAUCUACUGAUGUAUCCACACAAAAUAAAGGUUUACAUGGAAAGUCAUUAUUGAAUUUACAAGAAAAUAAACAAGAUACUAAUAAUCAUGGUAACAAUUGCAAUGGUACAAAUAGCAUGAAUGUUUAUCAGAAAAAUCAUCAGACAGAUGAUGAAAUCAAUUGUUGGAAUGUCAAUGAAAAACCAGUGAUAAACAACAACAACAACAACAAUAGUCCAACAAUACUUAAUGAACAAUUGAAAGAAGAAUUAGAUAUGGAAGAUGAUGAACAAGAUAUUGAAUUAGUACGUCAAAGUAUGUUACAAGUUAUAUUAACUUCAAAUACAAAUGAUUCUAAUGAUGUUGCUUUAUUAUCCGAUGAUAUGGAUGAUAUUUAUUCAAAUCAUUCAACAAUAUCAGAAAUUGAUAUAAAACUAUUAAAUAAACAAAAAUCAUUCAAUGAUCAUUUAAAUAAUCACAGAAAACGAUCAGUGUCAAUCAACCUCCCUAUUCAACGAAUUAGUAAAAUUGAACAACAAACUGAAGAAACCUCAUAUAAUAGUUAUACUGAAAUGAAUUCAGUUUUCAGACAAUCACAUAAAAAUCAUACUCUUGAUGAUGUAACUAAUAAAAAUGAUGAUAUUAAUGAUAAUUUAAACCAUCCUGAAGAUAUAACAACAAGUAGUGGUCAAUUACGUAAUUUUCUUAGUCGAUUAGAUAAUGUUUCAAUUGGAUGUACAACGAAUACAACAAAAGAUGAGAUUCGUAUGAUGGAUGAAAAGAAUACAGAUGAUGAAAUCACAGAAGAAUUAGAAGACGAUGAUGAUGAUGAUGAUGAUGAUGAUGAUCAUGGUGUUCAUGAUAUAACAACAGGAGUAAACACAAAACAAAAUCAUAAAGAAACAUUGAAUAAUGAAUGUCAAGAAUCAUUUAUUAAUAUAUGUAAAUCAGUUCAUGGUAGUCGUUUAGCUCGAGUUACAGAAGUGAACGAAUCAGAUUUUGAAAUUAGUCAAGAUGUUGAUGACGAUGGUGAGGAUGAUGAUGAUGGAAGCCUUAGUGAUGACGACAAUGAUACUGACAGUGUUUUAGAUGAUUCCAGUGAAACUGAUAGUUUCAGUGAUAAUUCAUUCAUAAGUAAUGUAUCGAAAAAUUCACAUAAACGAAAAAUGAAUAAAAUCUACCAAAAGAAUGGAGAUAAUGAUUAUCAUAAUGAUAGAUUACACAAUAACAGUAUCAUAAAACCAACAAUCAACAACAAUCAAUUAGGCGAUACACAAUUUCUUCGUUUAGAACAAAUGAGAGCUGAUUUAGAAGAAGAAUUAGGCUUUGAAUUAUUGAUUAAAGCUUACAAUGUUAUUCAGGCAUUACAAGAAGAUGAAGAUGAAACAAUUACAGAAAGUGAACAAAUUGUUACUAAUGUUUUAGGUGAAGAAAAAACUCGAAUUUAUUAUGAUCGUAUUUUACAAUUAGUUCUUGCUGAUGGUGCUUAUAUGGAUGAUGAAUAAACUACAAUCAAUCAAUCAUGGAUUUGAUGAUCAUGAAAAUAAUAAGAAAAUUAUGUAAUUCUCAUUGCUUAUUUUAUAGAAAAAAUUAUCAUUUUAUUAUGUAACAUUUCAACUAGUCUAAUCAUUAUUUGGUGCAAUUUAUCAUCUACCACACAUACACACACAAAACCGUUAACCUUGUAAUCUAAAUGAAAGUUAUUUAAUAAAUACAUCAUCUUUAUGAUUA